AAUUAGGUGUGAAUACGCUGUAUGAUGUUCACGCGGAAAAAAGACUUCUCUUUCAAACAGAGGGAGAAAACAGGCUGAGAGAACUGGCUGUUUGAUGUGUAUCUGUCUGAUUUGGAUUAAUAAUGGCUUCAGUGCGAGUAGCGGUCCGAGUCCGUCCAUUGAACAAAAGAGAAAAGCAGUUAUCAUCGAAGGUGAUAAUUCACAUGAAGGGGAACUCUACAACCAUUCUUAAGCCUUCACCUGUACAAGGGGACGAACUGAAGGACAGAGAGAAGACCUUUUCUUAUGACUUCUCAUACGAGUCAACUGACAGAAGAAGACCCACAUUUACAUCCCAGGAGAGGGUAUAUCAGGACCUGGGGACUGAUGUCCUGCAAGCUGCAUUUGAGGGUUUCAAUGCCUGUGUGUUUGCCUAUGGCCAAACGGGCUCAGGGAAAUCUUACACCAUGAUGGGUCAUACAGAUGAUAAAGGUUUAAUCCCACGCAUCUGCGAGGGCCUGUUCAACGAGAUAUCUCGUCGAGGCAAGAAUGAUGCAGUGUCAUAUCGUACAGAGGUCAGUUAUUUGGAGAUCUAUAAUGAGCGUGUCCACGACCUUCUCAAGAAGAGACCUACACCCACAGACGGAGGCCUAAGAGUGAGAGAGCAUCCAAAGGAUGGACCCUAUGUAGAGAAUUUGUCCAAGCACUUGGUAUACAACCACAGCGACAUGGAGGACCUGAUCAUUCUCGGCAAUGGCAACCGCACCACAGCCAGCACAGGCAUGAAUGAUGUCAGCAGCCGCUCCCACGCCAUCUUCACCAUCCGCUUCAUCCAGGCGUGGUUUGAUGCAGAGUUGCCACGUGAGACGCUGAGUAAGAUCCACCUGGUGGACCUGGCGGGCAGCGAGAGAGCUGAUGCCACGCGCGCCACAGGCACCAGACUUAAAGAAGGUGCAAACAUCAACAAAUCACUGGGCACUCUGGGCACUGUGAUCUCAGCUCUGGCUGAUCUUGGCGUGGGAGGACAGUCAACAAAAAAGAAGAAGCAGAUCUUUAUUCCUUACAGAGACUCUGUGCUGACAUGGCUUCUGAAAGACAGCCUGGGUGGAAACGCUGUGACUACUAUGAUAGCAACUGUCUCUCCUGCUGAUGUGAACUAUGGAGAGACCCUGAGCACGCUGCGCUACGCCAGCCGAGCUAAAACCAUCGUAAACUCUCCAACGGUUAAUGAAGAUGGCAGCGUGAAGGUGAUCAGAGAGCUGCAGGCCGAGGUUACCAGGCUCAGAAGGCUACUAGAAGAAGCUCAUCAGGUUUCCCAUAGGGAGCCAUCUUGCUCUGUGAAGAUGGAGGAGGAGCUGCAUCAGAAUGAGGCAAGGGUCCUAGCACUGACCAAGGAGUGGACCAGCAAAUGGGGCGAGACUCAGAGUAUUUUGCAGGAGGAGACUGUGGCUCUGAGGAAGGAGGGAAGUGGAGUGGUCCUGGGCUGUCAGUUACCUCAUCUGAUAGGCAUCGAUGAAGACCUGCUCAGCACUGGAAUCGUCCUGUAUUAUUUGAAAGAGGGCAGAACCCUGAUCGGGAGUGAUGAAGCAUCAUGCCGUCAGGAUAUUGUACUUCAUGGGCCCGGGCUCCUCAGUGAACAUUGUGUGCUUGAGAAUCGUGCUGGGACCGUGACUCUGAUCCCUCAGGAUGGCGCACUGUGUUCAGUCAAUGGCUCUGUGGUAACAGAUCCCUGCCAGCUGACUCAGGGUGCCAUCACACAGCUAGGAAGAGGAACCAUAUUCCGGUUUAACCACCCGACUGAGGUUGCCCAGCUCAGAGAAAAACGGCAGAGCAGGGUGCUGUCUACCUUCAGCCUGUCCUUGACUGACAUGUCCAAAUCUACUGAGGAUCUGUCCAAAGUGAUGCUGCAAAACCCUGGGAGGAUGGAAGAGAAGCUCAACCAGCAGGAGGUAGGAUGGCAGCAGGUCCAAGAAAACCUGAACAGACGCAACCGAGACAUCAAAAGACGUUCAAAGGAAAAUAGUGGAGCUCCCCAUCAUCAGAGAGCAGAAGAGAAGACAACGGGGGCAGAGAUGGAAGACACUGGCAGUGGCCAGAUGGAUAUACUCGCUCCAGAGACAGCUGAGUCCAAAGCGCCAGGCAGCUGUCUUACCUCCGCCACAAUAGAGACGAUCAUGACUGCAGCCAUACCUGGAAAGUAUCCUGUCCCUCACUCUGGUUUUGAUGGAGACACACUACAGGGUGGGAUAAGCACCAGGGAUGGCCAGGAGCAGGACAGGGACUCGUGUCAUAAAUCAGGGCCAGGACUCAUGUCUGAGUGGCCGUGGAGGAAAGCUCAGAGUGGGUCUGGAGAUGCGAGUUUUAAAGAAGAGGAGGUUUGGUCAGGGGAUGCCAGCCUCCAGCAGACAAGUGUCCUGGGCCCGGGUGAUGGAUGUGGCAUGAAGCCAGAGGGGAAUGCUAACGAGAUCAAAGGCGUCUGGGCUGACUGCUACAAGGAGAGACCUGGCUCUGGUGGGAGCUCAUUAGGCUGCAUGUCCCACCUGCAGAGCAGCAGAGGAACUAUCUCCACGUCUGUCCUCUCACAGACCAGCACUCAUUCUCAGCUCGACAAAAGGCCUCUCAGCAGUCAGGCAGCCUGCCGUCCACCUGAGGAAACUACCUUUAAGGGCCAGUUUGGCUGUGGAGAGAUGGAUGAAUCUGGAGGUUUGGAGGAGAUCCCAGGAGUGUGUGUGACAGAGACUGCAGCAGCCACAGUUCAACGCUCGGGGCUUGGCUCUUGGGUCAGCAGAUUUUCUUGCAUUGUUCAGGAUGCAGGGCGAAUCCUUCGGAGCUCUCCCACUGUACUGCAGCAAGUCAGGGCAGAAGGACUACAGCCUGUUGGGGCCCGCUGGUCCAGUCACGUUGUCUCUCUGGUCAGGGAAAGUAAUGUUCUUUCAGUAGUGAGGGACAGCGAGGUCUUCUCUAUGGUUAAAGGGAGCUUUGUCUUCUCUCUGUUGAAGGAUAGUCACAUUUUUUCCGUGGUGAAAGAUCUACCUCUUAUACAGCACAUCCAGAUGGAGAUAACUCAAAGCCUUCAGCCUGAGCAGGCAGCUCAGAUGAUUCAGGGCUGCAUUAAUCCUGAUGCCACACAAACCUUUAGCGAGGUAGGAAAUUUUCCAGAAGAUGGACUUCUAAUCUCAGAAGAUACCAGGGCGAAGAAUAAGAGUAUCAGGGAUCUUCAGUUACCACAAGAGCCAGUCAAGGCUGAUACUCGUGUAAAACAUGGAGACAAACUGAUUAUAGAGGUGUCACAAGUAAAACACAUCAGUGAGGAGGUUACACAUGAAGACCAAUUUGAGGCAUCAGAGACCCUGAGGACAGUGCAGAUCAAUAACAAUGUCCAAAUCUUUGGUCAAACGUUGGUAGAAUUUCCUGAUUCCUUUUUGAACCUGCAAGCUUUACCAUUGCCAGACAUGAUGGACACUUUACAGUCCAUCAUCUCCACCUCAGUGCUCCCCUCCCAGAAGAUUCUAGCUCUCUAUUGGCUGAAUGUUGCUAAAUGCAGCCAACCUGAGCCCCGUCCUGCACUGCUGAUCCUGGCGGAGACCGGCCUCUACACCCUGACCUCUGACUCCGGGCUGCUGGUUUUGUUCCAUUAUCUCCCCUUGUUGCAGCUGAAAGAGGUGCAGAUAGGCUUAGCAGGCCACAGUCUGCGUCUGAUGGGCACUACAGAGGAGAGCAUCCUGGGUGUCUACACCCACAGUCAGCAGCUCACCAAAGAGCUGUGCUGGGCAUUACUUGGUAUCAUCUGCCGGGAGGACAACCGGGUCUCUCAGCACCCACUGCUCCACGGAGACUUGAUGGACAUGUCUUUACACUGGCAGGCCUGUGUACCUGACCUGCUGCUAGAUGCUGGUUUAAGAGUUUGCUGCCAGUUUCAGAAAAGUCUUGCUGAUCUUGUUUACCUUCUUCAUUGUAACAUGGAUCAAGAAACAGUAACUCUGGGUGAGGUGCAGAUUCUACUGUACACAGGGGUAAGGGUGUUGCUCAGCCCCAGUACCCACACUGAGUCUCUGGCCCAGCUCUUACUCACUGAUACCCACCUUGGCCUGGUGCAGGAGGAUGCUGUCUUUCACCCGCCUCCACGCUCUGUCACCGUAGCACCCUGCCAUCCCCAAUUCAGCAUUUUAACUCUCCGUCAGCGCUCCAAUGUGCGAUGCGUGCUGGUGCAUGAUGAAGACAAGCGUAGGGCUGUCAGCCUGGAUGUAAUCCUAGCAAAUGUGAGGGGCAGGGGUCACCCUGAAAGCGUGACUAAGGCAGCUACCCCGCCUGCACAAGCUUCAAAUUCAUCUCCGCAUGCAGAAGUGUGGAAAUUAACUUUCAGUUGCUCCUCUGAGGCCGCCUGCCUGAUUAAUCACUUGUCAAAUGUCUGAUCAAGGACUGAACAGCCUGUAAUGAACAGCCCAGCUUGAAAACUCUCACUCACAGGGAGCAAAAGUGCAUCCCAGCCAGACGAUGCAAAGGACAGCUUCACUGGUAAAUGACAGUGAAAACUAUGACCUGUUUUGAAGUUUCUGCAUUGAUUUGUUUUUCUAGAAUUUUUUGACAUUUUAAUAAUGCAUGACUUUAGCACUUUUAUCUUUAAAACCCUUGAAUGUCUUUGUUCUUGCAUUGCUAUUGUUCUUUAACCAUUAGCCCCCCAUUAUUAUUUUUGUCAAAGAGGUUGUCAGUUUAAUGUGGGAUGUUUUAAAUAAUUAGGGGUUCAACAAUGAGGAUUAAAAACAUGUUUGUAUCUGUUUCAUUUGUGUCAUGGGCAUUGUUAUAUUUUUAAAGUAUUUUAUUACAGAUCCAACCAAAUUAGCUCACUGUCAUGAUUUGUUAUAUAUAUGUAUGUCAUGUUGUUAUAAAUUCCAGAUGUUUUAUAUAAAAAUAGAUGAAUAUGUUUGUAAAAAUAAAAGGAAGGUAAACC